GAUGGCGCGUCGCCCAGCAUUGCAGCUGGCUACGAGAUCCUGCAGAUGCUCGUCGAGGACAAGUGCCGUUUCCUGGAGGCCGCGAAUGCGCGCUUCACCCGCUUCAGCGACCGCUAUCAGAAGCCGGUCGGAGCGGCCAAGUACCGCGACUGGCUGUUCCUUGUCAAGAUUGGUGACUUCGUGUGCGAGCUCCAAGUCAACUUCGAG